UUGUCUUUAGGUCCAAAUUCUGUCCAGCGACGGAGGGGCCGUCAAACCUACAGCCGUUUUCAGACACUUGAGCUUGAGAAGGAAUUUCAGUAUAGCCACUACCUCACACGGCGACGUCGGAUAGAGAUUGCUCACAGUCUCUGUUUAACUGAGCGCCAAAUCAAGAUCUGGUUCCAAAAUCGUCGAAUGAAAUUGAAGAAGGAGAGACAGCAGAUCAAAGACUUAAAUGAGGAAAUGAAUCGGCGAAUGAUGAGCGAGGGUCAUAAACACCCCAAAAUCCCGUCCUCCCACCCACAACCCCCUCCAUGCUUAGGCCUAUCCUGCAGGAUGGUUGUAGGCUAA